GGGCCACAGGAAGCACAUGUAAACAAAGGAAGUGAUCUUGAAAGUUUUUGAACUUUGCUGAUUAAAAUGGAACACACAGACGAUACAUCCAGCCCUCGUGGAGGAAGUGUGAAGGAUGAUGAAGAAGACUAUGAUGAUUCUGAAGAUGAGGAAAAUGCCCAGAGUGACAGGAAGGCACGUCAGGCCAUCACAGGGAGAAGUGUUACUCUCCUUACACUCAUGGAAGACAAAGUCAUUGAGGCUGGAGAAGGAGUUCUUUCUAUUGAUUACCUGGGCCAGAGGUUUGUAGCAGAUUUACUGCCAAGUGGUAAAAUUCGAAGUCAAGAAACCACUGAAGUUUUCAACACUCCUAGUGCCUGGGCCAUUUUCUGUAAGAAACUUGUCAAUCCUGCCAAGAAGUCAGGUUGUGGUUGGGCUUCCGUAAAGUACAGAGGUCGCAAACUGGACACAUGGAAGAUGGCUUGGUGUCGGAAACAACGUCCAAAUAGUCCAUAUCGAGGAAACAGCCCGUACCGUGGAACCAGCCCAUACCGGGCCAACAGUCCUCAUCAUUCUGUGUCUCCAGGUUCAGCAUCAACAGGUGAGAAUGGCUGCAAUGGGGACUCAGCAUCCCGUGUUAAUACACCUAAACUCCUGGAGGAGCUGCAGUCAGAUGUCAAGGGAAGCAACUCCUCUCCACUUCCUACACACGGCAACACCUCACUGACUAAUGGUGCCUCAAGUUUAAAAAGGCCAUUUUAUAGUUUCUUCCAUGAAGAAGUACAAGAGGAAGCCUUGAACCUGUCCUUGUCAGGACCCUUAGUGUCAAAGGAGAACCGACAGAAUUCAGACCAGAACAAGAACUUUGUUCCGGACAACGUCCACAUGCCCGGCAGUGGCCCUUUUACCUGCCGAGCAUCCAUCAAAUACACCGCUCUUGGGAAGAGGAGUAACGACAGAGACCCCAACUCCCUUAUAGAAUGUGAAAACUUUGCUGACUAUGGAAAGAUACAACCUUUCACUGUGUCCAUUACAUCCAAUGCAAUGUUAGUCAUGGACUUCCACAGUCAUUUAACCAGCAGUGAGGUGGUCGGCUAUCUCGGAGGGCGAUGGGAGACACAAUCACAACAUGUCACAAUACUGGAGGCUUUUCCCUGCCGUUGUCGUCUCGGUGAUAAAGAUCGUGCACCUGGUAUUGAGGAAGAGAUCCGCCGGACGAUGAGUCGGUCAGGUCUACAGUUGGUGGGUUGGUACCACAGUCAUCCCAACUGUCAGCCGGACCCAUCCCUGAAAGAUCUCGACUGUCAGAUGACGUACCAGCUCCGCAUGAAGGGAUCUGGGUCCUCGUACCACCCAUGUCUGGGUUUUAUUGUGUCACCGUAUGAUGUGAAGCCGGAGAAGAAUGAGGCAGUGUUUCAGGCAUACUGGGUCAUGCCUCCCCCAGAUGUGAGUAGCACUAACAUGCAUCACCAAGCGUCAGACUAUGGAAUUCCCAUGUGCAUGACAUACACUGUGUACCAAAAUCCCUCCUUAUCUGAAGAGCUCCUCACAGAAAUGAAAAAACUGGUUGACUUUUACAAAUGUGCUCCUGACAGAAUAAGGUUUAAAGAAAACUGGGUGAAUGCAAAACCCUUCUUGGAGAAAGUGAAGGAUUCUCUCAGCGCCCGACUCCCACAAGACUUGAUAGACAAGGGAAGCUUCUUGGAAUAUGUACAGCAACUCCUCGUACCAGUCUAGUCAAACUUCAACCAGUUCCAUGUUUCAUUGCAUAUUCCAGAAUCAGUUUUCUGCAAAAUCAUUUGUCUGAAACUGGAAUGGGUUGGUGAUCAAUCUAGAUUCAGUUACCCCAGAACUGAAGCUGGUGUCGAUUCUUCAUAGAACAUUCCAACCUGAUGGUCAUAUGAGCUGUGACACUGCCAUGGGUUUUGUAUGCAGGGGAAAUGGUGUUCCUCGUCCGAGUUGCGAUGAUAUUAUUUAUUUGCUAACAACAACUGGAAUGAGAUAUUUCUUGUGUUUAGUAUGGUACAAGUGAUUGUUAGCGUAUUUGGUAACCACCAACCACAAGGGCACUUAACAUGAUCAGUUACGGCAUAUCCUCGUAGACUCCAUUUGAUUUUAUGUUUGGUGUCUCACUUGAAACAGACUAUAUUUUUUACUGUCAAAUUAAAUAGGGAACAUUUUGUUGUUCCUGUUGACUCAGUACAGUGAACACACCAAAAACAAAUGUCGACUUGAAAUGAAAUGGGGAAGAUUUGUGAUAAUGUUGUCUUUUUAUGUUUUCAAAAGGGGGCAAGGGUGACACAGUGAUUUAAAGGCAUGUUUAUCAGGGUGUUCUGUACUAUUUUGUUGUUUCUCAGGCUACCUUCAUCAGUAAAAGACCCCCAGUUUAAAACCACUUAGUUCAUCCUUGGAGACCAGUGUGAAACUUCUAACCUGUUGGCAGCAUAUGUUUUAAUAAUAAUAACAAGAACACCCAUUUUUCGAAAGUUUUUGCCUGAGAAUCACUUCUUUUGUAAUUUUUGUUGUUGUGUAAGACUUGUUGUACUGCAGUAGAAAGGAGACAGAGAUAUGUCCAGUUUGUACCGCUGGACAUUCACCGACUGGUUGUACCCAUCACAUUUUGAAUGGAAGUUGUUGGUCUAUGAUUGCGUAUCUCAGUUGACUUUGUUACAUUCUAUUUCCCCACAAACUCUUUCCUAUGAAUUCUUUGUGCAAUAUUUUCAAGAGAUCUGAUUUAGAAUCUUUUAACACAUUAUUUUUGACUACAGUGAUGUAUUCUUAAAGAAAACAGGCACCCCAUAUACACGUUUGUCUUUCUCUGGCUUUUUCACGUGGUAUUGUACACCAGAGUGUACCGUUAAGAUACAAUACAUGUAUACAAUGUUUUAGGAAGAUACAGUUUCAGUACAAGCAUUUACUUUGAUGUACAAGGGUUGUAUUACGAAUUAUACUGAUAUUGCCUCAUUUUGUCGCGAAACAAAACCAUAUUUAUUGAACCGAAUAAUACAAUACGUGCUAGAACUGAAAUACUUUUCAAAGCAUGAAUCAAACUCACUGACUCACUUAUAAGAGAAAAAUCUUUCGAAUCUCAAAUAUUCCACAGAGAGCAGUUGUGCAUGUAUCUCAAUUUUUGUGUAUCAUUCCAAGCCGAUUCAUGCUGCAGGACAAACAUGCCGAUAUUGUGAGGUCCAUGUGGUCUGUAAGUGUACGUCACUGAGAAUCUCCCCAUGCAUCUGUAUAUAUCCUAUAUAUCCGAGUGCCUUAUAUCUACAGCGUUUGUGAGGGUCUGAAUGGGGGGUCGCAUCUGUCCAUAUAUUAGUUGGUACCUAUUUAUUCUUAUGCAUGUAAAUUAAGCUAGAUCUGUGUCUGUUUCUAUAAUGAUUUCAUCCCCCCAAUAUAUUUGUCUAACGGCAGGGGAAUAAAUUGAAAUAGAUAAGAUGUUUUCUUUUUUUUGUUCAUUGUUUGUCACAAGAGAUGCAAUGUUAGUUUCUUGAAUGGCAUUAGUUGUGUGAGAAUCAGAAAUCUUGAUACAUUCAGUUGAAGUUGUUCAAAUAGAAUUCCGUUCGAACACUAAAGUUGAUUGUAUCUAAAAUUUGCAAUAACUUCAAUUACCACGUCUGACUGCUUAUUGGUACACUGUUGAUGUAAUUAGCACUUCACCUCAGACACCCUUAUUCUGACUUAUAAGCUUUUUAGGAGUGUCAGGUAGCCUAAUGUUUGAAACCUGCUAGCCAGUCCCAGGUUUGAUUCCCAGUGUGUACAUUGUGUAAAGGUUUGUCUCGUUUUAUGCCACCAUGAUAUUGCUGGAAUAUUGCAAACUGCAUCCAGAACCUCAUAAGAGUGAUAACCUUGACAAAGAUUGUAUUUGCAAAAUCAAGCAAUAUCAUCAUUUUUUCUAAUUAAUUAUUUAGACAAAGUGUUCUGUAUUGGUGUUAUAUUUAUUGCAGACACCACGUUAAAACCAAAUUAAGAGAAUAGACGGAGUCUCGAAGAUACGCAUAGUCAAGUAAGAUCCCCGUUUUGAAACCAUAUUUGAAUAGUCCCUAGGAUGAAACAGUCUGGGUUUCUAGUAUGUCUUUAUAAUGAGAGAACAAAAUGUACAAAUAAUGAAAUUCAGUAGUUAAGGGAUGAACUGUGGGAAAGUAUGAGGUAUUGUUAAUAAUUAGGCCCAGCUCCACAUACUGAUAAUCACAUAAUUUUGAAAAACUCUCAAUUUUCCAGCUACAUAAAGGUUGCCUGUUAAAUGUAGACCAGAAAAGACAGCAAUCCAUGUCGUCAGGGGACAAUGAAACGCCAUCAACCAAGCCACCGAGCCCGACCUCCCAAUCCAUUUGGUUGUCUCUUAAUCCUAGGCAGGGUUCGAAAUUAACUUAAUUCUGAUAGUCCAAGACCAAUAACAUUUAGGAAGGACUAGUGACAUUUCAUUGUGGACUACCUCUUUUGCCAUUAGGUAAAUUGCAACUCUGUAGCAUGUCAUUUGUUGACGACAAGAGAAAAUAUUGAAAUUAUUUUCAAAGCCUGAUAGGUUGCUGGGAUCUAAUUUAACCUGGAAUCUCCACAGUGUCUUGGAAGCUGGAGUCUGAUUACAUCAAUUACUGCAUCUAUAUUCCAUCUUUGUUAUAUUACAAGUUGACUGUCCUAUAGUUUCAUGACAGACAACAAGCAAAUCAGAGAUGAGAAUUUUGGGCUUGAAUGAUUUUAAUGUUUUGUUGGAGCUUUGUACUUAUGUCCUGAGGUUCUAAUGAGCUUUGUUCAAAAGAAUUUAUUUCACAAAUAUGUCAUGGCAUUUGAAGAAUAUAUGUGUGCACAAUGUUGAUAAAUGUAUUUGUAUGACCAGAUGGGUGAAAGCUUUUUCCUCAAACCUCUUUGGUCACAAUCCUGUGUGCCUGAAGUUAAUGUGUAUUUAUUCAUUAUUCAUUAUCCAUUUUAAUUCAUCUUAAGUUUGAACAGAUUGUACAAAACUGUAUAGCUUCACUGAUUAUCAAUCAGAGGGUUUAAAUUGGCAAAUCAUCUGUAAUCAUUUUCCAUAGGAUUAAAUUGAAAGGUGCAUCUAAUCUAUUUGAACAUAAUUUACCUUGUCCUAGUUACUAUUUUUCAUUACAUUUUAGAUGGUAUCUGUGCUCAACUGGCUUACUGACAGUUAACUUCUCAUUGAAAUAUGAAUACUGCUUUGAUAAUCCUGAUAUCAAUACAUCACUAUGGAACUCAUCUUCUCGAGGCAAGGGAGUUAACUCGGUCGGGUAGCCUAGUGGUUAAAGCGUUCGCUCGUCACGCCGAAGACCCGGGUUCGAUUCCUGACAUGGGUACAAUGUGUGAAGCCCAUUUCUGGUGUCCCCCGCCGUGAUAUUGCUGGAAUAUUGCUAAAAGCGGCGUAAAACCAUACUCACUCACUCACUCACCUUACCGAACUAGGCUGGAAUUUCAUGGCUCAUAGCGCCACCAGUAGCAGUUACAACUUAUGUCCCUGCUAUUGCCCACUUAUUGACCAAUCAGAUUCCACCUCUCUUUUCAAUUGCAUUUUCUUCAUCCAAAAUGGCUGUGCCCAGUCCAGACGAUCUGAUUGAUAAUCAAAAUGGGUCUUACCUAGCAAAGUACAUCAAAUCACUUGAGCACCUUGAUUAAAAACAUUUGUAAAACCUCUGUCAACGCAGCAUUGACAACGCAGCAUUGACAGUACACAUGCUCUGCAAAUCCUGCAAGCAACUGAAAUCAGUAUGGCAGUUGCUAUGUUGUUUAUGAACCCAAUCUCAAUUUCGUUCCACGAUUUGGAUUGGACUAUGCACUCGUCCAGCUAAAACAUCAUCUCUCCAUAAUUCCCACCUAGUUCCGCAAGGGUGGAAACUGGACUUUUAAAGUCAGUUAACUCCCUUGCUUUGGGAAGAUGUAUGGAACUCUGAUAGAGGCUCAGGGAGGAACAUCAAAAAGAAUAUUGCCGCAAACAUUACAUACAUUUUGAGAGGGUCCUCUUUUUGAGUACUCAUGGAUGAAAAAUAUUCCAACCACCCCCACCUCUAUGAUAGACUAGUCUAGAUAUUUCCUUGUAAAAAUUGCACAAGUGCCCCAAAAAGUCUUUUUGUUUCUUGUCUCAGCUAACUUCAUCAACUCCUUUUCAGGCCACACCAAUUUCAUACAUGAGUUCUUCACUUUACAAGGCAGUAGAUAUAAAAACAAUACUUCCAACAAGGGACAAUAGGCUUGUCCAUAAAACAAGGAAACAACUGGUUUACUUGAAGUUGGGAAUAUCAUAUGCAAUUAAGGUCAUCAUGCCUUUGAAGCUUUAUAAACAUUAUCCACCAAUGUAGGAGAGUUGAAGGGCAAGGUUGUACAGGCUGAAGUUAGAAAAGGAAGGUCCCUCGGGUCCUCAUGUUGUUUCAUUUUAUGUGUGACUUCACAAUAUCAUAUUAUUGUUAAAUUGCUAAUGAACUUGCCAUCCGCUGCCUGAAUAUAGCCCAGUAUUUCAGACACUUUGUUGAAGAUUCUUGGGAAAACAUUAAACAAUUCAUAACUUCAGAUUAAACUCUUGCCAAUACAGAUCUUAAUGCACAAAUUGCAUGUUCCUCAAAGGUAUUGUAGCUCUCUUACAGUCAAUGCAAGUUUGCAGCACCAUUACCAUGGCCUAAUGCUGGAAAGAAGUGGCAUUGCCUUAAUUUCAGACUUUUUCAUAUCCUUUUUGAAAAUUCAUUUUUGUGCUCAUUUAAAUAAGCACAUGUACCAGCUUUAAACUAAAGAAAAAUUAAGAAUUAAAAUAUUUAAAUCUUGAUUAAAUAUUUUGAAGUUUCUUUAUAUAUAUUCAUGAUUUGGAGUAAGUAAUGUGACAAACAUGACAGUUUCAAUAGUAUCUGAAGUACUGGUCAUCAUUGAUGAAGUGUCUAUGGGGGUUAGUGCUUGGAUAGACUAUUGUGAUGGAAUACUAUGAGGGGCAAAAUGCCAUGUAACCAUCUCAGUAUGCCACCAGGGGUCGGAUACAUUUUAGGAAGGGACAUCCCGUGCUCAGUGACAAAAGAAAGGUUUUACAUGCCUACAAAUGUAUUCUGUGUACCAUAAUGCCUUUACAACCAUUAUAAGGGAUGUACUACUCACACAAUGUAAAAAUAUGCUUAAACCAUUUAUGAAAAUGAAAUCAGUGCAGUUUUGUGAUAUAAAUACCUUGAAAUUAUCAUGGUCUUUGCAAUGGCAGAGAUGUUUCACAACAUGAACUAAGAUUUCCAAUAUUGUAAAGCCCCUAGUCAUAAUGCAUAAGGGUUGUAUAUUACAAUUCUCAGGUGAACCACAAAUUGUCCUUUCCACUCUUUAUAGCUCAAUUAAAUAUGGGCACAUUGACAGUAAAGAUGCUUUGAUUUGUAGAUUGUGCAGUUUGAUAGAUUUUAGGUAGCAAUACUUGAGUUGUCUGCCUUUUGGCCAUUGUACCUGUUACAGAUAUACUAUAGAUGAUUUUAGUAUCUAUUUAUUUUCAAAAGUGCAUGUUAAUUUGUAGGUCUCCUAUUUAUAUACAUAACUUUAGAAAGAAUAAAAUAUCAAAGAAUA